AUGGAAUUUGCUUUUUUUCUUUUUGUAAAUCCCACUUCUGGUGGAAAUCGGGCAGGCGUGUAUCUUUAAUUAGAUGCAGAAACAAUUAAAUUUAAUCUUAAUCAAAAACCAAUCAAUGUUUAUUUCACCAGUCUUCAUCAAAGAGACUAAGUCGAGAUGAAUCUAAGAAGAAUUAAAGAAUUCCAAUAACGAAAUGUGUAAGUUAGAGUAAUUGUUUGUGGGGGUGAUGGCACUGUUAUGUGGGUAGUUGAUGAAAUGCAUAAACAUGGAGUUGACUAUUCUAAUUGUCCUAUAGGCAUAAUUCCUUUUGGAACAGGAAAUGAUUUUUCAAGGGUUUUAGGAUGGGGUGGAGAUACAGAUGGUGACUUAGGGGCUUGUCUAAGAAACUUCAAACAAUAAAUAUCAUAGUGGCUUAAUGCUAAAAUACAUGAUUUUGAUCUAUGGGAAAUAAAUAUAACAGUUGAUGCAUAAACUGGAUCUUUUAAAAGAAUUAAAAAAUAAGGAGAUCUAUUUCAAAAAGAAAUUCUUUAAAAAGAUAAAGAUGUUUUGAAAUAAUUAGAUAAAAGAAUGUCAAAUUAUUUUUCUAUUGGAGUAGAUGCUCGUAUUGGAUUUGGUUUUGAUAAAAAAAGAACUUAAUCUGCCUGUUGUAAUAAAUGUGUUUACUUUUGUGAGGGUCUUAAAAAAAUGUGUCUUAAGAAUCCAACUACAAAUCAAGUUAUUUAAGGUAUGCAAAUUUUAAAAGAAUAAAAUGUAACAAUUGAAUAAAUUACUACUACUGUUCCUACUGAUAUAUUAUUUAAGACAAAAGGUGUCAAUACAAGAGAAGAUUAAUAACCUCUUAAUGAAUCUAAGUUUAUAUUAAGUGGAGAUCCAGUUACAUUAUUAUGUUUAAAUAUCCCAUCCUAUUCUGGUGGAGCAGGAGCAAUUUGGGAUAAUUGUAGAGGAAAGGUAGCUGUUAAAGAAGGUACUUAGAAACUAUAAGAUAAAUUUGUUAAUUAGGAUUUUGGAGAUGGAAAAAUAGAGUUUGUGGGUUUUAAUUCUAUGAUAGGAAUGGCUAAUGAAAGGUUUUAAAUUUAUUAUUAUAUUAUAGGUUUAUUCAUGGAAAUGCAGUUAGGAUUGCAUAGGGAGAAGGACCCUUUUUGAUCUCAUUUAAAAAAAAUGUUUCUCCUUAUUUCUAGAUUGAUGGAGAAUAUUUUUAAGCUGUUAAUCCUACUUUGGCAUUAUUAAAAAGGUCACCUAUACGUAUAAAAGUUCUUAUGAAAGCAUAAAAUUGA